GUUGUGCGCUUCAGAAGAAUUGAUGCGCAGAGAUGGCGAUCUUGUUGACACUUGCCCUGUUCUUAGGUUUGGCCGCCGUGGCAACCUCCCUCCAAUGUUACACCUGCCACAGUUACAACCAAAAAUGCACACUGAACGCCACCGGCUGUAAUGCCACCCUGCACCAGACCUGCGGCAGUUACACUAUCCGUGAGAAAGGCCGAAGCCACGACCACGAGUACAUCGUAAACGGAUGUGGGCACUGCCUGGGUCUCAUUACCUUCAAUAGUGGCCCCUACUCGGCCUUCCUGCACGCUACCUGCUGUAACUCGGACCUGUGCAACGAUCAAGUGGAACCAGAGAAAGAGAACAAGGUCCCGAACGGCCUGGAGUGCGAGGGCUGCUUCGCGUUAACGGAGGCAGGUUGUAACCGCUCUAUGGCCGCGGUGAAAUGCUACGGGCAACAGGACCGGUGUAUUCAUACGUCGGGCAACCUGCACUGGUUGGACAGCACUACUUUCGUCUUCAAGGGCUGCACGUCCCACUAUGUCUGCCACAACAAUAACUCGCUGUCCAUCUUCGGCAUGGAGCCCAAUACUGGCUUCUACUGCUGCCAGGGUGACCGGUGUAACCUGGAGUUUCGGAACCUGACACGGGACAGCACAAUGACGCUGAACUCCGUCAAUGCAGCCACUUCCCUUGGCACCCAGAGUUUCCUACUCAUCACUCAACUGCUGAUAUUGAGAAUCUCUGAACUCUAGGAUGCGA